AGAUUCCUUAGUUUUCACUGAUGGGUAUUUCUCUGUAUGCACAUUAUAAGCCUCAGCUGUCUGCCUGCUUCAGCUUGAAAUGAAAAAUGAAAUGAUGUGCGCUUGCAUGGGGGAGAGAGGAGGAGAAACAGUAAAGACCUGUUAAGGCAAAUCAUUUGUUUGGUUUUUACCUGUAUCUGAGAGGUACUGAAAUGACCACUUUAUGUCCAAAUCAUUUGAAAAGGGAUGUGGACUUAGGAUUAGAAAAGCUAUUUUCAAAUAGCUACCAGAAGGAGGCUUUAGUUUUAAGAGCUGACCGGAUAUUUUUACAUUAUUUUCCCAUUCCUAAAAGGAAAUUUUUCUUAUGGUCUCCAGAUUCUGGUAACUUUAAACAGUUUAACUUGGAAAACAUUUCAGUGACACCCAUCAGCCCCUUAGCCUGCAUGACGGGUUUAGGCAUGAGUCCAGGAGGCUAGAACACCAACAAAAUGUAGCAGAGAGGAAAUAGGCAGGGUAAAGAUGAUGUUUUUAUCCACAGGGAUUUGUUUGGGGAAAAUACAGUAGAAUUUGGUGUUUUCUGCUUGGAAUGGUUCUUUUUUUUUCCCCUGCACACCAAUCAGUGCAAGGUGCCCCUUGCACAGAAACGUGCCAGGCAGCAGAGUGCUUGGGGAGUGGUGAAGUUGGGAUGUUUUGAACAGGGUUUUUUGUGGUCAUUUCCACAUUUUUCCCCCUGAGAUGCUGUAUUCUGUGGAAUGCUGCUCCUAUAUAGCUCCACGUGGUGCAAGCAGGGAAAGUGAAGAAGGAAGUGGGCCACCAAGCACGGGGGGGAACAGGGGCUGCAUCCUUGCCAAGUUGUGAGUCCUCUUUUGGAUGACAGUGCUGCCUGUUAGGGUUGGAUGAACAUCCUGUUAAAAUUCUCACUUUUUAGUUGCUUGUGAAAAUUAGUGAAACCUCAGCCAAUAAGGCACAAAUCUUCCCUUUUGGUUGCCCUCUGCUUAAAAAAUUGAGCCAAAAUAUUCAGAUAUUUGAAAAUAAAAGGAACCCACAGCUGGAGGGACAUACAAGAGCUAAUCCUUUGGAGAAGGGGUGAAAUGCUGAGGCUGGAUGUGCAGCUGGGGAAGGUGGAUGUGUGCUGAGUUUCCACGGGACAGGGCAGGUCUAGGCAGCAUCGUGGUGGGAGCAUGAGAAGGGUAAGCAGGCAGCUGGUGCGUGCAGGUUGGUUUCUCCUCUGCCUGUGCCUUGGGAAAUAGCUGUCAGUGAUGUGAUUGCAUACUCCUCAUGUGGCACGCAGGAUGGGUCUGUCAAUCAGUGUUUCACUCCGGAUUAUCUGCCGGGCCCCGGUAUUGUUGCUGCUGGAGAAGGAGCAAUAAAUUGAACAGGUGGUGGUGGGAAGAGAGAGGUUUAAUACAGCUCAGUUUUGUCAAUGAAACAGCAAACAAAACAAAUACCGUCUGCUGCAGAUCUGGAGACUUUCUUCCUUUGUGGAGCCGUGUGGAUGCCAGGCUGCUGCUGAACCUUGUUUUCCCAUGAGGGUGGGAGCCGCUCUGUGUUUUCCAGACCGCAAUACAAUACAGUCAGCAUUGUGUCUCUGAGCCUCGAGUCCCAACCAAGGCAGCCACAUGACACAAAACUUCAACCCAAGAGAAACUCGCUUCUCCAGCUUGAGCAUGGCCUAAGAGGUUUUAUGAGGUUUUACUGGCAUCUUGCUGGGUAUCCUCAUUUACACUUGAGACUGAUGCUGAUUUCUUGCAUGGAGCAGCUUAAGUCCAGCCUCUCAUGACUAUUUUCUUGGAAGAGAGAAGGAUAUAUUUGAUAAAUGGGUUGUUUGGAUCUUACCGUGAUGGUGUGACUCCUUGUUAUGCAUGCCUGGGGUUUGAAAGCAGGGGAGAUCCUGGGUCCCCAGCCAUGGAGUUUCCACUCAGGGUGAUUACUGGCUCUUCCCAGUACUUUGAAGAGCAUUAGUGAUAAUUAAUUGUAGAGCAUAUCAUCAGCUCACCUACUAGGAAAAAAUGCCCUCUUCAAGACAAUAAUCCAUAGGAAGAGUGUUAGGCAGGGACUGGCUGCCUCCCAAGAAAUAUCUCUCUGGUCUGUGGAAAAAAUGCGCUGAGGCCAGUGGGUGCAGCAGCAGUGGUGUCUCCAUUAGCAGUGACUGAGGCAGUGAGGAGGCCCCUUUCUUUUGUAAGAGCUGAAUGGUGGAUGCUGCUGCUCACAUCCCACACUGAGACAGGGGCAGAGGCUGAUCUACCUGUUUUGGAGGGCAUCAGUGGGCUCUGAACACAAAUAUAAGGGAUCUGGCACCCUGUUCCAGGGUGGUGGCUGAGUGUCUGGUGUCUCUCUGGGCACCUUGCCACAACAGGGAUGGGACAUGAGCACCCCCUGGCAGGAGCAGCUGCCUCGGAUGAGAGCUUCAUAGGUGGCUUUGCCCUGAAGCUGCAGCUGGAGUAAUUACACCCUGCCGCCUGGCACAGGGUGAAAUGUGGAGUCUGUGGCAGGGGCUGGAGCCAUGACUAGGGCGGCGAGGGGGCUGAUUAAGAUGAAAUGCUCAGAGGGAAAAGAAAGUAUCAGGAUUUCAAAGGCAGGAUCCUUCCCUGGUGUUUGCAUAUUCGCGCUGGCUCCUUGUGGGAACAGGUACUUGGUCUGCAGUGGCACCAGUGGCAAGUUGCAGAUGGUAUAUGAGCUUACAUCUUCCUGUGGAGCAAGUCAGAGCAUCUGUGUUAACAAGGAAGAGCCUUGUUUUUCCACAAAAAGUCACCUGAAUCAUCAGUGCUGCUGCCCACAGUCCCUUCUCAUGGGUCAGGGAAAGCUUUGGGAUCACCACUCUCUGGUUGACAGCUUGGUCCUGGCUCAGGGACAUAUCCCCAGAACUUCCUUGUCUGGAGGCAGGUGCUGCUCUGGUUCGAAGUCUCCUUCCUAGGAGAGGUUUGCUAAGGAGAAGCCUUGGAGCCUGGAGCUCAGUUACAGCCAUGAGGACAUGGAAAUGUCACAGAAGCCUCCUAAAUUACUUGUCAUGUGGGAUUUGGAGGGCUUUGCCCUUUACAAACUCUGCCUUUAGGCACUGUAGGCAUAAAACUUCUGCACAAUGAGAGCUUUUCAUUAAAUCUGUUAUCAGCAUUCUUCCCCUCAGACCAUGUCCUCCUCCAUCAAAAUCGAAUCCGUUGUGAAGGAGAAGAACAGGAUGGGAGAGUGCCCAGUUUGGGAAGAGAGGGAGAGCGCGCUCGUCUAUGUAGACAUUAACUCACAGAAAGUUUGCCGCUGGAGCUCUCUCACCAACGAGGUGCAGAGCGUGUCUGUGGAUGCCCGUGUUGGCUCAGUGGCACUGCGGCAGUGCGGGGGCUACAUCAUCGCCCUGGGGACCAGGUUUGCCUUUCUGGACUGGGACACCAAGGCGGUCACCACCAUCCUUGAGCUUGAGCAGGAUAAGCCCAACAACAGAUUCAAUGACGGGAAGGUGGAUCCAAAGGGAAGGUUUUUUGCUGCCUGCCCCAGACUUUUGUACCACCUAGAAAAGGAGGAGCAAAUGCCCGAUGGGAUGUGCAUAGAUGCAGAAGGAAAGCUCUGGGUGGCCUGUAUUGAUGGAGGGAGAGUCAUUCGUAUAGACCCAGAGACAGGAAAAAGAAUCCAAACUGUGAGGCUGCCUACUCCGAGGAUCACUUCUUGCUGCUUUGGUGGAAAAGACUACUCAGAAAUGUACGUGACUUCUGCGUAUGAUGGAUUGGACAAGACCACCUUAGCCAAGGAACCUCAUGCGGGAGAGAUUUUCAAGAUAACAGGCCUGGGUGUGAAAGGGAUCCCACAGAAUUUCUAUGCUGCUUGAACACUGAUGUUAUAUAACAAAGAAGAAGUGCUUGCAUCUUGUAGUAACUCUGACAAGAAGUCCAAUGAACUGCAGAAUUUAUCUGUAUGAGGAUUUCUAAAUCCACAUGUGAGAGCAUUCCUGUUUGGACUUGAAGACAUUCCUUCUCCUGUGGGCCUGUGUCUUGAUGCAAUAGGUUAGAGAGAUAAAGUUAGCUGGUGCUACACCUGGAUAGCUUUUGUGACUUCCCAUAGACCUCUUCAAGCUCAAGCUUAGUUUUUUGUUGAACUUUCUGAUUGACAAGCUCUGGAUUUUCAAGACUGGGUGGUUCCUGUAGCAGAAUCUGACUCAUGGUUUGUCUUUUCAUGUUACAGUGAUGUACCAGCUAUGAUAAGGCAGAUGUUAAUAAACAUUUUAAGUAAGUGAUGACCUUAAUUGCUCCUGUGCUGUGGGACUUCCCCAAA